AUGGCUGAUAAAACCCAUACCAGAGCCCUUUUUCUUUGCCUCCUAAUUUGCAUCUCCACCACCUCCGGCGGCAAACCCCGGUCGCGCCGCCCUUGCAAAGAGCUCGUUUUCUACUUCCACGACGUCCUCUACCUAGGAUAUAAUUACAAAAAUGCCACUGCUGUCAUAGUAGGCUCUCCUAACUGGGGAAACAAGACUGCCAUGGCUAAGCCAUUCAAUUUCGGUGACUUGGUUGUGUUUGAUGAUCCAAUUACCUUAGACAACAACCUGCAUUCACCUCCAGUCGGACGAGCUCAGGGCAUGUACUUAUACGAUCAGUGGAGUACUUACGGUGCAUGGCUUGGGUUUUCAUUUUUGUUCAAUUCUACUGAUUAUGUUGGAACACUAAAUUUUGCUGGAGCCGAUCCAUUGAUGAACAAAACCAGGGACAUUUCAGUAAUUGGUGGAACUGGUGAUUUCUUCAUGGCUAGAGGGGUGGCUACUGUGUCGACAGAUGCAUUUGAAGGGGAUGUUUAUUUUAGGCUGCGUGUGGAUAUUAGGUUGUAUGAGUGUUGGUAA